ACACCACCAUUCUGCCUCUCCGGGCCAAUUGUUCCUUACUUUUGUGGGUCAGGAGCACCCUGGAGAUUGUAAUUAAGCUCUAGAAAAGGGAAAAGGUGGUUAAGCAGAAUUUUUGCAAAGUAAUUCAGGACUUCAAGGACUCGCAAGCCCCAUCAUCUGUGAACCUCAUACAUAAUGGAGGGAGCUGUCCAGGGACCAAAAGAGAAGCUGCGCCAGAGCCUCAGCACUUCACCCCUGCAAACGCGGGAGGAGAGCUGAGCUGCGUGGUAUAACCGGGAUGCUCGUUCUCUGAGAAUCAGGAAGGGUGAGCUCCCGGGACCGCAAUGCCCUGGGAACGCAGCCGGACUCUGAGCCUCCGAAGUGCGGUAGCUGAACCAGAUAAGCGCGGACCACUAAGCUACACCGCAAUCGUGCUUGUCUGCCAGCAACCUGGAGUCACAAGACAGGGGAUUCUGAGCGGACGGGAUCUCGGAACUCCGGUCCCAGGCGCAGAGGGACGUGUCGCUGUUCCUGGUGCUGAAACGUUGCGGAGGGGAGGGGCCUGCCCGCCCCCCACCCGACCCUCCACUCCCGCCGCCGCCGCGGGAGCUGUCCAGUGCUGAACCCGGGUGCGGCCCGGCCCGCGGGGCUAGACCCGAGCCUGCCGCACCCAGCCGAGCCUGGGAGCGCUGACGCAGAACGCAGGGAAGGCGAGAAGCCCUGGGCUCCACGCCGGGCAUGGACCAGCAAAGACUGGAUUCCUACCAGCGGGGAACUAGCCGUGACUUCAAUGAGCACGUCCUGCAUAAGACCAUCCUGGUGGGUGACAGUGGCGUGGGGAAGACAUCUCUGCUGGUUCAGUUCGACCAGGGCAAGUUCAUCCCAGGCUCCUUCUCGGCCACCGUGGGCAUUGGAUUCACAAACAAGGUGGUGACCGUGGAUGGUGUGAGGGUGAAGCUGCAGAUCUGGGAUACAGCCGGGCAGGAGCGAUUCCGCAGUGUCACACAUGCUUAUUACCGAGAUGCCCAGGCCUUGCUCCUGCUCUAUGACAUCACCAACAAGUCUUCCUUCGACAACAUCCGGGCCUGGCUCACUGAGAUUCAUGAGUACGCCCAGAGGGAUGUAGUGAUCAUGCUGCUCGGCAACAAGGCGGACGUGAGCAAUGAAAGGGUGAUCCGUUCCGAGGAUGGAGAGACACUAGCCAGGGAGUACGGCGUUCCCUUCAUGGAGACCAGCGCCAAGACGGGCAUGAAUGUGGAGUUAGCCUUUCUGGCCAUUGCCAAGGAGCUGAAGUACAGAGCCUUGUGGCACCCUGAUGGGCCCCGCUUCCAGAUCCGAGACUUUGUGGAAUCCCAGAAGAAACAGCCCAGCUGCUGCUCCUUCUCAUGAAUCCCAAGGGGCUGAAAGGAUGCUCCAGAGGCCCCCACGGAUGCACCCUCCUCCUCCAGAUCUGGUGUAUUUUGAAGCAGCUGGGAGUUGGGGGAUCCAGGGCACAGCCCCUUCCCAAGAAGAAGCUGUAUUCCUCCCACUCUUACCCUAGUUCCUGUAGCUUCCCUGCAUCCUGGGGGAGGGUAAAGUAUUUAUUUCAUUUUAAUGAUACAUAAUGUAAUGCAAAAAGGGAAGACAGGGACCUGGUGGCCCUUUUGCCUUCUGCACUAGGACUUGGGGGCGGAGGCUCCCUCCUAGCCAUGACAAGGGUGGCAUUCUCCAGCUCAGCGCCAGAGGGCAGUGAUGCACUUCUACAGCGGGAGGGCAGGAAGUGACCCCCAUGCCACCCUCACCUCAGCUGGACAGGAGAGGCAGACUCCAGCUUUAUUUCCUCCUGCACCCAGGGAACAGUCUUCCCCGGUAAGAUGGGCCCUUGUGCUGGGAGCCAGACCAACGCCCAGGGAAGAUAAGCGAUGUGGAGAUUGGACAGUGACCCCGCUCUGUGGGUAGAGAAGUGAGGAGUAGCACAGGCUAGGUCUAUCGGUUUGGCUGCCUCUAGCCUGGCUAGCCCCACUCUGAAAGGUGUACCCACAAACUGAAAGCAUUUGGUUCCUGUUCUUUGGACCUCAGGUCCCAGGGGAACCCCCCCAGGGAACCUCCCCCCCAUAACCCCUCCCCAUACCCCCUCCCCAAAUCCCUAGUCUUCUCCACCUUUUGGCUUGUGCCCCUGGGCACCUAAGGUCACAGCUAGGGAAAGAUUUUUUCUUCUGCCCCAACACUUUGGCAGAUAUGCAGCCCCACAGGCUACUUCAAAUAGCUGUAGUGCUUCUACUGAGUUAAGAAUCAGAUAAGGAGAAACCCCUGACUCCUGGAACAGGUGGGAGGCAGAACCCAGCAAACUUCAUCCCGCACAUACCCCCCCAAACCCAAGCGCUGCCUACUUCCUGACCACUCCUGCCGUUUCCCUUCGGACAGACACGGAGACCAAAACUGCUUUAGGUCCCCUCCCACUGAGCCAGGUUAGGGAGUGAGAAGUCACCCAUUUCUGGAUAAACCAAUACAACGUGUCCAAAACAAGGUCAUGUAGGUAAGACCAGGUGAAGAGAGAGACACCAAGAAGUUUCUGUGGGGCCAAGGUCACCUGUCUCACAGAACCCUGACCCUGGCAAAUGAAGAUGAACAGGAGACAUGUGGGUCAUGACCUGAAGGAGAGAAAGAAGUACACACUGCGCAUUUCUAAGGCCACUGCAUAUGCUUUCAAGGCAGAAAUCUUGCCCUCUGAGCAGAGUCAGCAGCUCCAACUUGAGCCUGAUAAGGAAGCUCUCUGAGGCUUCUCCCAGGAGAAGCAGGGAGGAGCCUGACCUUGAUGGGCUCUUUUGGGGCCCAAGGCAAGUCGCAGGCAAUCCAAUCACGUGGGCAGCUCUGGGCCUCUAGCCGGUGGUGUUUUCAGAAUUAAAUUGCGGAAUUUGCAAAGUAAAUUGCGGAAUAUGGAAAGUAAAA